AUGGCCAUCUCGCUUGCCAACAGCUCCUGUAGCCCGACGCGGCUGGGUAUCCCUUUGGACGAAAAGGGGCCUCAACAGAAGCAGAGCAUGUGGCAUCGUUUGGGCCUGCGACGAUGGCUGGGCCGCGAGGAUCGAGACGCUUCGCCCGAGAGGGCCGAUAGGAGGCGACAAUCUUCUCCCCUAUCCCCCCACAACCAUGACCAACACCACCACUCCCAUCACAAUCACCGCGCCGCCUCCGCCGACAACUUCCCACGCGCCAAGCAGGAUAACCUGACCCGCCGUCUCUCCCGCAAGGUCGGCGUAGGUCUUCCCCGAUCAACCAACUUCAAACGCCAGAUUCCCGAGCAUCGCGAUCGUCUAGCCCCCCUCGAGCCCGAUCACCGCCGUGCCCAGUCCGCCGACCGCCAACUGAGCGUCCAAAGAACCAGAACCCAUUCUCCACCGCCAACCGUGGGCCCACGACUCUCCGCACCAGAGGUUCAGUGGCUCGGCCCGACGCCCGCAUCCACGGUCGACGACGCCGCCGAAACAAACGAUGAGAGCGAUCUCCAUGCCGACUGGGAGAAUCCUUCGUAUCCGGACGUGACAACCACCCCCUCGGAGAUCGAGACCGACCUAGACCGGGAGAAAGAAACGGAGACGCAGGCGCCGGUGCCGGCAUCGGCAACUUUGCAGGACGAUCUCGAGAUGGAGCUGGAGCAGCGAUGGAUCCUAAAUUUGAGUAUGCACUUCCGGGACAACUCAGGCCGGGAAAAGUUCUUCGUCACCUACGCCGAAACCCCCACAAAAUGGCGACGGGUGACGAUUUCAAUGGACUAUCGGGGAGCCCCGCCCGACUCCCUGGAGCGAGAUCUGGAGGAAUUACGAUACCAGCGCGAUAAGUGCGCCCGAAUAUAUGAGUCGAUCCGGGAAUCGCUGGCCGAAAUUCAAUUUUACGAUACCGUGACGAAUCUCAAGGUGGAGACACUGGACGGUCGCCUACACGUCCAUGUCACGGAAGAUGUCAACGAGAUAAUACCCUACCCUCCAAUCGCCAGUAUUCGCCAUCUCAGAGGCGCCCGAUGCGUACCUGAGCACCUCCUUCACUUCGACUCCCAUCUCUCCGGGUUCGUUUACAAGGUUCAACUGGGUGGACACCCGUAUAUCAAGAAAGAAAUUCCGGGCCCCGACACGGUGGACGAGUUUCUCUAUGAAAUCAACGCCCUACACGCGCUCAACGGCGCACCGAACGUGAUUCGGGUUGAAGGCAUCGUAGUUGACGAUUCGCAGGAGGUGGUCAAGGGCCUGCUGAUCAGCUACGCAGAGCAAGGUGCGCUCGUCGAUAUGCUGUACGAACAGCGUGGACGGAUCUCAUUUGACCGGCGAGAGCGAUGGGCCAAGCAAAUCGUCCAGGGUCUCUGCGAGAUCCACGAGUCGGGCUACGUCCAAGGUGACUUUACCUUGUCGAACAUCGUAGUAGAUGCAAAUGACGAUGCACAUAUCAUUGAUAUCAACCGCAGGGGCUGUCCGGUCGGCUGGGAGCCGCCUGAGAUUGCCGCAAAGAUCGAGAGCAAUCAACGGAUUUCCAUGUACAUUGGGGUCAAAACGGAUCUGUACCAGUUGGGCAUGACACUGUGGGCACUCGCCACGGGGGAGGAUGAGCCCGAACGACAACACCGUCCGCUGGUCCUUGGAUAUGACAUCGAUGUGCCAGACUACUAUCGACGCUUGGUCGACAUUUGCCUCAGCCCAAUGCCCCGACACAGAUUAGGGGCGAAGGAGCUCCUCCAUUUCUUCCCACCGGAUCUUCUUUCACGACGAUCUCGGCCUCCCAGCCGAAUUUUACUACCUCACGAAAUGGAGUCUGCGCCAUUCAUGACCCCGACAAACGGACUUUAUCCUCUCCCUCCGGCAGAAACACAACCCCAAUAUCGCCGCAAGGAAUCUUAUGAGCAGGAGCUGCCCAAACCACAAAGUGAGAGUCGACCACGGUCUAUGCUCGCAGAUAAUCACGACGAAGGAAAACGAUCAACCAUUACACUCGCAGAAUCCACCGGGGAUGCCGACUUCGCGCCUCGCCACUCGUCUGCAUCCACCUUGAAUCAUGAUGACCCUCAUAACACGACUCAAUGCUGGGAUCGUAACCAGUAUUCGUUCGGCAAUUCAAACUCCGAACCAACCCCGGAUGCGAAGGUCCAAAACGCCGUACCCAUUUUCUGGGCCAACAAUAUGGAAAAUGGAAACGGCGCCAACGUCGCGGAACCAUCGACGCCUUUGGAGCCAUCAACGAGCCAGAACGAGUCGGCCCACAUUCCAGCACAAGAACUAAGUGAGGACCAGAAGCCCAGCCUCCUCCCAAUUGAGUCACACUCGGAGGCUUUGCCCAUUGCCGAGCAUACACCCUCACCCACUCGGAAACAUGUCAGCUUCGACACUCAAACGGAUGAUGAUUCCCAUUCGACAACCUCUCUCUUGCUUUCCGCACUACCAAUCAACCCUGCCCUCAAUCUCUCCAAGCGCAGAUCCCUCCCAUCCGUACUCAAGGAGGCACAGACUCUGGAUAGAAAGACACAGUUCGAUUCUGUAUCUUCCCUUGCGGAGUCCCGAUUACCCAUCAACCCUGCUCUCGGCCUCUCUCAACGCAGGUCCCUCCCAGCCAUUCCACGCAACACCCAACCACAAACACCCGCCGCAGCUGCUGCCGAAUCCGAGUCCAUCCGUCAAACCCUUAUCACCUUCCUCUCCGAAUCCCAACUCCCCAUCAACCCCGCCUUCAGCGAAAAACUCGCCAACCUCCCUUAA